AUGCCAAGAAUGAGUUCGAAAGAAGAGGCCAAAUCCUCCUCUGGCACCUUACAUUCUUCAGUUGAAGAACGGAGAAGGAGUCCUCUUGACCACUUACCGCCUCCGGCUAAUUCCAACAAGCCGCUAACUCCCUUCAGUAUUGAAGAUAUCCUCAACAAACCGUCGGUGCGGAGAGGCUACACUUUGUGUGGAAGCAGCCACCUCCUGUCUGCGGCGGACAAGCACACACCUUCGGGUAUCCCCUUGAACAACCGAGCAGGCGUCCUGACCCAGACCUCCCCGCUCUGUGCCUUGGAGGAAUUAGCGAGUAAAACUUUUAAAGGUUUAGAAGUCAGUGUCUUGCAAGCGGCUGAAGGGAGAGAUGGUCUCUCUAUCUUCGGCCAGAGAUCGACUCCAAAGAAGCGCAGAAAGUCGCGGACCGCGUUCACCAAUCACCAGAUUUACGAGCUGGAGAAACGUUUCCUCUAUCAGAAAUAUCUGUCGCCGGCUGACCGGGAUCAGAUCGCUCAACAGCUCGGCCUGACCAAUGCUCAGGUCAUCACUUGGUUCCAGAACCGCCGGGCCAAGCUCAAAAGAGACCUGGAGGAGAUGAAAGCGGACGUGGAGUCGGCCAAGAAUCUCGGUCCCAGCGAACUGGACAAAAUAACCAAGCUGGGCGAUGUGGAGCAAAGUGCGGCGGAGAUCGGCAGCCAGUCCAGAUCGCAGUCCCCCCCACCCAGAAAGGACUAUUCGGAGGAAGACGAAGAGGAAGAGGAGAUUGAUGUCGAUGACUGA